UGGCGGAGCGCGCCGCGAGCCCGCAGUCCGCGGCGCGAAUGGCGCGAGCGAGUGUGGGUCGGUCCGGUACUCUGCCCCACAGCGACCCCCGCCAGCGCGCCCCACGCCCGACACAGCCGAAAUGUCCACCAAAGAGGCCAUGAAGAUCCUGCGCACGUGCCGAGAGAUGCUGGCUCGUUCCAACUCGUCAGAGCACGCCAGCCCGGUGUUGUUCCGCGCCUGUCUGUGCUCGCACGGCUGGCUGGCGGCCUGCACACCAAUCCCGGCUACCAACCAGCGUAUGGUGCACCGCGAGGGGGACGAGGGGGGCACCACGGCCAGUCCGCUGACCGGCGGGCCGCUGGUGCCGCUCAGCGCCGUGCUGGUGCUGCUCUGUGUUGGUGUAGUGGUGCUGGUGUACGCCUACAGACAGCAGGCGAGGCGACGGCGCAGCGAGUCGGUGGACCCGCGAGACAGUGAGGAAGUUGAGGAGGCGUCCCGCCCUUGCCGAGCUCCCCCGCCGGCUCCCCCGGUGGUGGCCCUGCGAGCUCCGCUGCCUGGACGACAUCACUUGCACAGGACGUACGACCCGCCGCCCGCCUACCUCUCUGUGAUCGCCGAGGAGCCCCCCUCGUACGAGACGGCCUGCAGCGACGAGCAGCUCGACAAACUCGGCCACACGACAAUCUGCAACGGUGUCUCAUGAGGGGAGGGGGCCGAGCUGCGGGAGGGGAGGGCUCCGGCCUGCCCGGGGGCGUGGCCCCGCUACGUGCAAUGGUCAAUGUGCAAGAUGCAAGGCAGUGUGUGAGCUUGGUGAGAUGAAGUUAGCUGUAAAUACUGUAGGAGUGAGAGUGAGUGAGAGGGAGACACGGACCUAUGCAUAAAGUGCUCACUCAGUCGUGGUGUGAAGUUCACUCUGCCCGAUUCUCAUGUAAUGACGUCAUGUCGUAAUGACGUCAUAUCGCUAUGACGGUGACGCGAGUUUCAGUGAUAUAUGACACAUCUGAUGACGUCAUAGGAGCAUAUUGCUGACUGAGGGGCGGCUCGCAAUGUCGCCUCCUGCUCAAACCGUCCUGUGCGCGUCCGCUCGCAGAGUUACCGCCGCUGAAUUUCCACGUUCCAGUGAGACAUAGUCUGGGGUAUGUGGCAGCGGAGUCGGCUGGCAAUACUGGAGCGUUUGAGAGAGGGCAUAGUCUGAACUGUAAAAUGCUGCCAACAAGUCAUGAGAUGUGACCUCAGCUUUCGGAUGUGCCGACUUUGCGUGCGAAGUGGACAGUUGUUCCAUUUCGAGACGCAUACAAGUGUUAAAACUGUGACUCCUAGUGCGCAUGCUCGUCAUUUCCACAGGCUGUUGGUUUGUGACUUGUAGAAACUUUGAGAACUUGCGACGUGUAAAAGUGGAUCACCUGAGCUUGCCUAUGAUCCCCGCAUCGGGGGACGCUGUUUGUUCAGCUGUGCAUUCCGCGUGUGUUUGUGUGAUACUUAUGACGCAAUUCCAGAAUGUUUGUUUAUUUGUGACCUGGUCAACUCCGUGAUGUGUUUUGUGCAACUCCCGUAAUGUAGGUAGGUAUAUGCCGGAAUGUGUGCGUUUUAUACUGAACGCAUUGCGCUGUACGAUUGCUCAUGUAAUCAUUGUCCAUUUGCUUCAUAAAACAUAACCGUG